CUUUUUUUUUUACUAAAAAAAAACACAUUAAUGAGGUAAAGAAAAUGUACUCACCGAGCAAGAAAUCCUCCUGUUGACGGUCUUAUAAUGAUGACGUCAUCCAUGAUGGACGCUUAGCUCUCCGGAACAUAAACACCAACGUGUCCACACCGAUAGACAACAUGGGCAAAAACAAGCAAAGGGUAAAAAAAACGACAAAUGUCUUCCAAGUGGCCAGCAUGCACAUGAAGGCCAAAAACAAAGCAAAACCUGUGAGGACGACGCUCAAACAUAUCAACGCAGUGAAGAACGAGAAGGUGGAAAACCUCAAUCAGAUCUUCUCUGAGGUCCAGAGGGAUGUGAUCAGUGUUUCCAAAAGUGUGGCUCCGGAACCAAAGAAACAAACGCCGAUUGCCAAAGAGCCGCCAAAGGAAUGUGUGAACGUUGACAACGCUGCUCAGCUCUUCUCUCAGCUAUGAUACUCUAUUAUACUGUAGCUACCGGAUAGCUAAGUGAAAGGUUUUGGUUUCUUUUGCAACCCUACAGAUGACUAAGUAGAACAAUAAAUCAUGUAAAACUUGUACAUUUCCUAUUAUUUAUUGUCAUGCUACUAUAAGGAAACGCAAUUAAGCUUAUUUUUAACCAACUUCAUCAUUCCAAUAACAUUUUCUCAGAGUGUAUUGAACUCUAAAGCGAUGGAAAAGCUGACAUUUGUAAUGUAAAUAAAGCAAGUAUACUGUC